UGUAAAUAAACGAGUGCUCUUACCUCUAGAACCAUUCCUUAAUCCACUCAUUAAUUAUUAUAACUGACGUCAUCAUCAGAAGGUUUGAAUGUACAGUUUCCCAGACGGGUAGCAGAGGCGAACACAUGAUUGAGCUACAUCUUCACAACAGCAAAACACGAACUUCAAGGAGAUACUGUCAAAACAAUCCACAAUAUUCACUCCAUGAUUUAUGGUUGAUGCGCAUUUGUCUUUGUGAAUAUGAUUUCAUGCAUUACAAAGACUGCAUUCAGCACACCUGAAGUGCUAAAAAAUGUGGUAUGACUUUGCAUAACGGGUUAGCUGAACAAAAUGUAGGUCACUCUUGACAUGGUAGGGACGACCCAGCAUGCAUGUAACGUUGUGCUUGGCCAUCCAUGUUCCGUGAGAGACUACAGGAUCUUGUGCGGCCCCACAUGGAUGACCAGUACCUCAGCAGGUGGCUGAGAGCAAGAAGGUAUAAGAUUGACAAGGCAGAGCAGAUGUACAGAGAUCAUCUUACCUAUAGGAAGAAGAUGGAUGUUGACAAUCUUAAAAAGAACUUUAAGAUGCCAGAGGUCCUGGAUAAGUUUUUCCCAGCUGGAGGUUUCUGUGGUGAGGACAGGGAGGGAGGCCUGGUGUUUUAUCAGGUGUUUGGGCGUCUGGACGUUCCGGGCAUGAUGAGAUCUGUCAAGAUCCUGGACGUGAUCAAGUUCCAGAUCUGUAUGCUUGAGAUGGUUGAGGACACGUUAACCGGACAUGCAGCAAAGACUGGCAAACAGACAUUUGGGAUGACUGUGGUGUACGACUUGUACAACUUCGGCAUGCAGCAUCUCUCUAAGCCAGUUGCUGAGGCUUUUGUUCAGUUUCUGAAGAUGUUCGAGGCCAACUAUCCAGAAAUACUGAAAAAGGUUAUUGUGGUGGAAGCACCCUCUGUCUUCCCUAUUGCCUUCUCUAUUGUGAAACCCUUCCUGAGUGAAGAUACAAGAAACAAAGUGUUUGUUUGUGGCAGUAACUGGAAGGAGGUGCUUGCACAACACAUCGCACCUGAUCAGAUCCCUGUGCACUAUGGAGGUACUAUGACUGACCCGGAUGGGGACGUCAUGUGUAAGUCAAAGAUCAGGUAUGGAGGGGUGGUUCCGGAGUCGUACUACUCCCAGGGUAUACCCGCCGAGAUCCUGGAACAGAUGACAUCAGCAGACGUGGAGCCUGGGACAUCACUGGGACUGGAGGUGGAUGUGAGGACCCCUGGUGCCGUCCUUAGGUGGUUGUUCAAGACAGAGGACUGUGAUAUUGGCUUUGGUGUGUACAAGCAAAAGGGCAGCAGCAAGAGAUACCAGGACAUGGAGGAAGUCGUGCCAUGUUCCAAACACAACAGUCACCUCAUACUGACGGAUGGGGAACUGUUGUGUGAGGAGGCAGGGAAAUAUGUUGUUCGAUUCGACAAUUCCUACAGCUGGGUGCGGAGUAAGACGCUCCGUUACAGUGUAGAGGUGCUCGAACCUGCCGACGAAUCUCUCACAGGGGUCAAGGGUGAUGUGUCACAGUUCAUGGAUGUAGAAAAAGGGCAGGAGUCGAGCCAGGACUGAGGUCACAAAGGUCAAAGCUGUCAUCUCCAAGUAGAUGUAAAAAGGCAAUAUCUUAACAUUUCUUGCAGAGGGCCUUUUGGUUCCAUGGGACUGGGAGCUUGAGAAAUGUUACAAUUUUGCCUUGUACAUCUGCUUGGACAUGGACAAUGAUGUGGAAAUCUUCUGACUUUGUAGAAGUAAAAAAUCUGUCAUGGCAUCUACAAAACAAAGUUGGAAUAGUCAAUGUAACAAAUUAUGCCUGAACAGAUAAGUCAUUUAUUAUAAACUGUGACCAAAGACAUUUUCCAUAUAUCAAAGAAA